AUGAUCUCUGGACUGGAUAUGGAAGCUCUUUUUCAUGAUAAAGAUGAAAUUAUACGCGAGUUACGGAAGGAUCCUUUGAUAAUUAAAGAUGAUAACCAUAUAAUAAAUGGCAAAGAAUUACAACAAGAGUCUAGCGAUCUAUUACAACAAGAGGCACAGCUGGCCAACGAACUGAACACUCUGGACAACUUGAAGAUACUAUCGAAUUUAUUAACGGAAGUUAAAACCAAUUUAGAACUUCUAGAACUAGAAAAUUGCUACUAUUCGUUGCAAUCUUUACGGCAAAAAAUGCGUAACAAUACAGCCUUUCUAAAGCAAAGCUUUAACUUUCAGCAGUCAAUAUCAUUAUACGUUGAUUCACUACAUUUAAAACUUGUCACGGAACUGUAUGAAAUUCUUACAACUGGGUUUUGGAGGAUUACUGAGAAUACUAUUCAAUUUACACCAACCGUCAAAUGGGGCAAAGACGAAGUGGAUAUUGAGUACAACACGUUUAUGGAUUUCGUGACUCAGCAGUAUUUUCCUCAAGGUGGUCUGGAUAGUCAGUCAUGGAUCAUUUCAGAUAUGGACAAUGCUGACUCCCAGGAGCAAGUAAGAGCAAAGUUGAAUGUAAUUUUAAAGGAUUAUGUGAAUCUUGCCAGUGUUGUCAAUAAGAUCAGAAGCUCAAUUUUUAUACCUGGGAAACAAAUCUCGCAUGAUGAUGAGAAGAAGAUGCUUAAUUUUUCUAAAUCUGCGCCGCAUGGCCAAAACACCACUACUGUAUUAGCAAGUUUCGAAACAGUAUGCGAUUUCAUAUUGCACGGAUUGGCCCUGAGAGACAUGCGAACCUUGAGUUCCGAAUUAGGACAUUUAUUUAAUACAGAAUUUACCAAAUUUGUGAAAAAUAACGCAUCAAUAAUUUUAGACUCCUUAGACUCCCCUCUCAAAACUCUAGUCUCUUCGACGAACGACAAAUUGAUCAAAUUAGCCUCAGAAACUAAAACCGAAAACUGGUUUUACUCCGGAAAGGAAAUACAAGAUCUGUUGAUGAAUAAGCAGUUAUAUUAUAAUCUAUUGCUAGACAAAAUUCUCGAAUCGCAUAUCAAUAAUAUAAGAGAUAUUUUCGAGGACCCAAAUAAAAGUUGGAAAACUUUAGAAACGAUCGAGCUCAAGCAUGCUCGUAGUAGCACUAAUACAACAAGUGAGAACAAAGGGAACAGUGGUAUGGACACAAAACAAGAAAAAAAAGAACAUCAUACUUCAGCACCCAAGGAUGACGACUGGAAUUGGGAGGCGGAUGAUGAUGCUGAUGCAUGGGGUGAAGAAAUUGACGUAGAUAUCGAUGACGAGGAAGAAAAACCAGCCGAACAGAUGGAAGAAGAACCAGAGGAAGAAGAAGAAGGAGAAAAUGCCUGGGAUGAAGCAUGGGCAAUCGACGAAGACGAAAACGUUAGUGACUUUUCCUCUGUAAGUAAAAUAAAACCAUCAAAAGUUCACAAUAUAACACUUAAUGAAGACCGCAUUGAAGUGACACAGUUACCGAACUUGUUUUUGACAAUUUCACAGAAUUUCAAGAACUCUUUUAAAGAUAGUCAUGUUGAUAAGCAAUACUUUGCAUACAAAUAUAAUCUUUUGCAAACAUCGUACAUGGCUAUGUGCACUAAUAAUCUUUUCAACAAUUGGUAUCAACUUUAUGUGGAUAUGAGGUAUCUAAUAGAACAAGAUGAAAAACUAUACAGAAUAAAGGAAUUGACGAGAAAUUUGUUGGAAACUCGAUUAAAUAUGAAGUAUCGUUUUGUUUCUAGGUUAAUUGAGCGUCAGUUAACAGAAUUCCGUGAGAAAGAAAAGAAUCCAUCAUGGGAUGCCAUCAUUGAGAGCCUGCUACCAUAUAUCUCAAAGGAAAUCAUUUAUCCGCUAGAGAAAAUAAAAGGUGAAGAAAGUACCCGUUAUUUAUUGUCAUUCCUAAACUUUUUGUAUAAUGACUGCGUGACAAAUAAAAUCCUAAAAUGGAAGAUCAUCUCUGAGGUCAAUUCGGAAAAUUUAGGUGAGCUUGUAUCUUUACUAGUUAACAAUACUGAGAUACAAACAUUAGCGGAAGAACCCGGUUAUAAAGCGAUGAGAGAAAAAUUCGCCACAAUGGGCAAGUUUCUACCUUUGCAUUUAAAAGAGAUCAUGGAGAUGUUUUAUAACGGUGACUUUUAUCUUUUCACAACCGAUGAGCUUAUUCAAUGGAUAGAGUUGUUGUUUGCUGACACACCUCUACGAAGAAAUGCUAUUGAUGACAUCCACGAAAUCAGAGAUGCUGGUUUAGAAGAUUGA